AUGGAUCAGGUAAAUAGAUCUCCUACACCCAUGAUCACUUCAUCAAACUUGUCGCAGCAUGUUGGCUGUGCGUUUGAGAAUGAGUCCGAGUAUAGAAGCAUUGUAGGAGCUCUGCAGUAUGUGGUCAUCACCAGACUAGAUAUUACCUUUGCUGUCAAUAAAGUGUGUCAGUUCAUGCAUAGGCUUCUUGACCAGCAUUUCAAGGCUGUAAAAUGCAUUCUCAUGUAUCUUCAAAGUACCAUGGACUAUGAUAUUCACUUUACUACAGCUGCCAACUUGGAUUUGGUUGGUUAUUCGGAUGCAAAUUGCGGAACUGAUGUUGAUGAUAGGAGGUCUACUAUAGGGUUUUGUGUGUUCCUUGGGGGUAAUCCUGUAGCUUGGGGAUCGAAGAAGCAACAAAUUCUCUAA